AUUUUAUCAAAAUAUUAAAAUUAAACUCUGAUAAUUGUGUCAAACAAACACUACAUAAAGUCUUCUAUUCAUUUUUUAAAGUCUCAAUUAUCAAUCAAAUAAUUUUAUUUUUCUUAAAUUAUUUAAAAAUAAUUUAAGAAACUAAAUUGAGUAUUUUUCAUCAACACUACACCCAAACGAGUCUUUUCUUAUAGUGGAGGUGACAAAACUUAAACCCGAGUACGAUGCCCCGAUCCGGAGGCUCCCGAAAACGCGGCCGCGGUGGCGGCGGAGGCCGAGCGGGAGGCGCUGGCAAGCGCCAAAAUAAAUCCAACUUCCAACAGCCGGCUAUUCGCAGGUCUUCCGCCGCGCCUGGUGGGCGCCUGUCGUUCGGCAAUGGGGUAGCUGGUCCCCGCAACCGUAGUGCCGCUGCUGCUUCCACGCCUCCGGCUCCUUCCGAUGCAACAGAGGAUACUUUUAGCCUCGUUUCCGGGGACCGUUUUCACUUUGCGACAAUUAUUCGGUUGACGCCGGACCUUGUGGAGGAGAUCAAGCGGGCGGAGGCUCAUGGCGCUACAACACAAAUAAAAUUUGGCUCGAAUGCCAGUGACUCUGCUGGGAAUGUUAUUAAUGUUGGUGGUAAAGACUUCAGAUUCACAUGGUCACGGGAUACGGGAGACCUCUGUGAUAUAUAUGAAGAACGCCAAAGUGAUGAAGAUGGAAAUGGAUUGCUUGUAGAAUCAGGUAGUGCUUGGAGAAAGGUAAAUGUACAACGUGUUUUGGAUGAAUCAACUAAAAACCAUGUUAAAAUGCUAUCUGAGGAAGCUGAGCGCAAGUCCAAAUCACGCAAAACCAUUGUUCUAGACUCUCGCAAUCCAUCUACAAAUAGUCAAGUGAAGGCAAUGGAUGCAGUAGAAGGAAAUCCAUGUAAAAGGGCUUUCAAACAACCGCCUCAGAGAAAGAGAAAAUUUGAACCGCCUCCAGCAAGAAGCACUCCUAAAGCUUCUCAGAAAUCUGGUUUGUCAACAAUUACUUCAUUUGGUUGCAAGAAAAGCACAAGUUCCAACCUUUGUGAUUUACAGAGCACAUUGACAACUGUCCUUAUGGACAACCGAUCACAUGGAAUGACCAUCAAGGCAUUGGAGAAAGCUGUUCGAGAGGCCUUUCCAAACUCAGGAAGGCAAUUUGAGACCAUGCUUAAAAAGUCCGGGCUUCCGCCAUAAAUAUGUAUUGGAAAAGGAUAAAAGAAAUACCAUAGUUGCAAUCUUUCGGGCUCCAGGCAGAUAUUUUCUUAAACCGGGAGUUGAGAUGGAAACUCUCAAGAAAUCAACAAUCAACAAUGGAAGUUCUCCCGAAGAGAAUAAUAGCCACAAACCACCUAGCCAUAAUAAGCAUGAAGAUACUGCUCCAAAAUCUAGCUUGCCGUUAAGAGCUGAUACUGAAGCAUUGGAAGGGCCAUUACAGUUAAAUUAUAAUCUUGAAGAUGCAUUAACUUCCUUAGAAAAAGUAGAUAUAAUCCAAACUUCACCUGACUACUUUGGUGAGAAAAACGCCCCUGAUCACUCUAAAGGACCAGCAGGUAUCUCUAGUGAUAGUGAAAGUAACAAUAGUGAUAGUGUAGGUAAAAGCGGAAGCAGAAGCCUUGGGGGCACCAGUGAAAGUGACGCCUCUUCUAACAAUGAGUCAUCAAAUGAUGCGGUGGGUAUUUUGGGAAGUGAUGAUGACCGGGGGGCAAAAUACGAGCAGAAACUUUCUAAAAAUAGGUUAUCAAAAUUUCCUAUUCAAUCAACAUAUCAAGAUUCUGAACCCACCCAAAUCAGGAUUGGCGAAAAUAAAUGUACUCGUGUUGCAGACAUCUUGGAGAUUGAGAAAGACUUGCCAGAUGUGGAAAUUACCAAUGUUAAUUUUGGAUCAGUUCUGAUAGAAGAAAACCGAA